CUGUAUGUUUUAUUAUUUUAUUUCUACUGUGAAGGGAAACUAUUAUUUUCAGAACGAAUGGAUUAAAGAUAUUAGUGAUUUCAAUGACUUUGAUGAAGAUACAGAAUACUGCAUCAUAUCCAUGACAACAUUACCAACAAAGAAUGAACACUGGCAGUGUAAAGUGACACGGAAGAUAAUAAAUCAAUUUCAUUUGAAUAAUAUACCACAAGAUAAACGAACACUUGUGGUUAACUCCGCAUUAAAAGGAUAUCGAUCAUUGUAUGGACAAGAGUUAAAGUGGAAGGUGACGAGAAAAGAGGACGAUAAUUGUGAGCUCUCUUUACUAUUCUCAUUUGAUCAAGAGCUCACAAGUUGCCUUGGUUCAUUUAUGAUUUACAAGGUUGCACCAGAUCAAAAAGAAAGCCUGCAGAAUUCAUGGAUGGAAAAUUCCGUUCGACAAUGUCAAGACUUGUUUGAAAUAAAUGCUUUAUUGAACACAAGACUAUCUGACAUGGAAGAACUAUAUGAAGAAGCCAAGAAAAGCCUAGUGAAUAUUCAAGCACGUAAUGCUGAGACAUAUUUUACAAAUCUAAGCAAAUAUACCCAACUACUUAAUGCAAAGAAACUCAAGAUUAGGAAACUAUUAGGCGUAAAGGAAGAACAAAAUGUUACAAUCAAACAUUUACAAAAUAACAAGCGGUCAAAUGCUGAAUUAGAAUAUCAACAAUCACAACAAAGUCAAUCUAGAAGAAAAAGAGUUAAAAAGACAGUAGAGAAAAAAACUGUCAGAACGACAAGUCGCUCAAAAGCAGUGGAACGAAAGUCAUCGCUUAAACCGUCCGGUAGUUUGGAAGACAACCAAGAUGAUAUGGAUGAAGACCCUUCCAUUUCUGAUUCAAACGAUGAGGACCUUUUUACAAAAACAAAUAGUCAAUUGCCAUCACAGACUAUAGCUGAUUCGCCAAAAGAAGCAGCAGCAGAACCAGAAGUACCCAUACUUGAUACAGAAAAUGCAUCAAUACCGAUGCCAUCUUCAAAUCAUCUUGUUUCUCAGCAAAUCGAUAUCGUUUUAUCACAGUCAGAGGCUCUUGACGAAUUUAAUGUUGAUGAUCUAUUUAAUGAUACAGACGAAGAAGAAGCGGCACUGUUCACUACUGCUAAGAAAAGGCCAUCAUUUGUAAAAUAGUCUACAAUAAAAAAUACCAUCAUUGAACAUAAAGUGGGUUAUUUCUCUUGUUUUUAUUGGCUGCAGUAAUAAAACAUAAUCCCC